AUGCAAUAUUUCUUGAUUUCGAAAAGUCCCACUAUUGUGUUGUAUGGACAUCUUAUCGAGACUCCUGCCACUUGUCUUGCCAGCUACCAAAUUCACACCGGACUCCAGCAUUCAAUCAUCCGAUCACGUCAACCUCUCUGCCUGCCUGCAGACAUCCCCACCCUCCCAGAGCGCCUGGUUGAAGCAGGAUACGCCACACACAUGGUGGGGAAAUGGCACCUGGGCUUCUGCAGGCCGAGCUGCCUCCCUACAGGUCGGGGCUUUCAGAGCUUCCUGGGCACACUGACUGGCAGCGGAGACCACUUCACCUACCGGAGCUGUGACGGAGCGGAGGCUUGUGGAUUUGACCUGCAUGAAGGAGACAAGCCUGCCUGGAAGAUGACUGGCAACUACUCCACACUUCUCUAUGUAGACAGAGUGAAGCAGAUCCUGAGGAGCCACGACCCCCUCAAACCACUCUUCCUUUAUCUGUCCUUUCAGGCCCCUCAUACACCCCUGCAGGUACCAGAUCAAUUUCUUCAUUACUAUGAUUCUCAGGGCAAUCGUCUCAGGCGUCAGUACGCAGCCAUGCUGAGUUGCCUGGACGAAGGUGUUGGAAAAGUAGUUCAGGAACUGAAGACGAGUGGGCUUUACCAAAACUCAGUACUGAUCUACUCCUCUGAUAACGGAGGGCAGCCACUCUCUGGGGGGAGCAACUGGCCACUUAAAGGUGGAAAGGGAACCUACUGGGAGGGGGGCAUCAGGGCUGUGGGCUUUGUCCACAGUCCCCUCCUGAAGAAGAAGGGUGUAGUCAGCAGAGCUCUGAUCCACGUUUCAGACUGGUUUCCCACAUUACUGGGGCUGGCUGGGGCCCUGCAGUCCAACCACAGCCUAGACGGUCACGAUGUGUGGGAGACCAUCAGCAAAGGCUUGCCCUCCCCUCGCACUGAGAUUCUUUUCAACAUUGACCCAGUCUCCAGGAAGCCUGGGGAGCCAUAUGACAAGGCAUUGGUACUCAAUGGAUUUGGGAUUUGGGACACAGCCGUAAGGGCAGCCAUAAGAGCUGGAGACUGGAAGCUUUUGACAGGAAAUGUGGGUGACGGGGACUGGAUACCCCCACAUGCUCUUCCGGGUGGUCCAGAGAGAUGGCAGAAACUGGAAAAGCACCGCAAUGAGGUGGGGAAGUCUGUUUGGCUGUUUAAUAUAACCUCAGACCCCUACGAGAGGUCAGACCUGGCAGAGGUUCGUCCAGAAGUCGUGAAACAUCUGCUGACUCGGCUGGCAGAGUACAACCGCACAGCUGUGAUGCCCAGGAACCCACCAGAUGAUCCUAUGGCUGACCCAGAGCUCCACGGAGGGGUGUGGAGCCCCUGGCUUGGCCUACAGGGACAGGAGGGGGAUAAUGGAGAGGAGGAUGGUAGAAAAGAAAAGAUGAUGAAGAUUAAACACUGCAGAGUAUGCAAACUGAAAGCCCUCUUCAAAAAGGUGGGCUCACGCCUGGAGAGGAAAACACUGUUCUCCUAAACAUCUCAUCCAAAUGGUUUAGUCUGCUUCAAAUGAAUUAGACACAUCUAAAGGUAAAAGGGUGAAAAAAAUCCAUUUUGAAUAGCCAUAAUCAAUAGGGGAACAAACAGUCAUCCAAAUGGGUACAAUUGCAGGCAGUUGAUAAAUAGUCUCUCCUCAAAGGCAUUCAUGCUUUUGGUUGUGUACGAUUUUGGAAAAUUGCAAGAACAAGUGGACACCAAUUUACAACAUCAUGCAUUUUUGGGAACAGGGUUCAGAUGGUUUUCAGUAAUCUAAUUCCUUAUUUUAAGGAUAUAGACAGCUUUACCACGAGGAUCUGAAAUGGAAAAGGUGGAUGGAGACACAAACAAAACACCAGACAAGCAGGCAGGUCAGACAGACGAGAUAGAGCCACAAUCAAAUACUGAGAGUCUGCAGAUAAACAGGCUGAUAGAAAAGUAAACAGGGCUGUGCUGAGCAGGCAGACUCACUCAGUGUCCUGCAGCAGGGUGACUUUGAGCCAUUGCAAGACAGCGUUAGGAGCAAUGUGUGUGUCAGUAUGCAUGUAGGCCAGUAUCCAUGAAUAGUUUGAAAAAUACAAAUAGAGUUUGUGCCUUUGGAAGUGAGGCCUGAAGAAAUGGAGGAUCUUGAUGUCUCAUCAUUCUGACACAAAGGUACCCGCGGGGUCUGUUUUGGUCAAAUGUCAUCUUGAUUUUUUUGUUUAGGGGCUAUACUAUUCACUUCUGCACACUCUGCCUUUGAAAGACCUCUGAA